AUGGUUCAACAGGGAAUUGUCUUAGGUCACAUAAUUUCGGAAAAAGGAAUUUCAGUUGACCCUGCAAAAAUUGAUGUGAUUUCUACACUGCCUUACCCAUCUUGCAUUUGUGAGAUUCACUCUUUUCUUGGUGGUUUUUACAGGCGUUUCAUAAAGGUUUUCAGCAAGAUAGCCCUUCCGCUGUCAAACCUGCUGAAAAAUGAUGUGACUUUUAAUUUUGAUGAUGCAUGCAAAAAGGCGUUCGAUUUCUUGAAAAAAGCAUCGACUUCUGCUCCCAUCAUCCAGCCUCCUGACUGGAACAUUCCUUUUGAAAUUAUGUGUGAUGCAUCUAACUAUGCAUUGGGAGCAGUUCUUGCACAAAGGGUGGAAAAAGCCGCCCAUAUUAUAUCUUCUAGGUUCCAAGGUGCAUCUCAGACACAGAUUCAUAAACUAAAGAGUGAUGCAAAACAUUAUGUGUGGGACGAUCCAUAUCUUUGGAAGUUUGGUAAUGAUCAGGUGAUUCGGAGAUGUGUCCUCGACUAUGAGAUUGAAUCCAUUUUGCAUCACUCUCAUGCCUCUCAAGUGGGAGGACACUUUGGUCCUCAAAGGACCGUGAGGAAAGUACUAGACUCAGGUUUUUAUUGGCCCACCAUCUUUAAAGAUGCUUAUGAGAAUUACCGCACUUGUAAGGAGUGCCAAAUAGCAGGUACAACUAUCACUCGUAAGAGUGAAAUGCCUCAGCAGCCUAUGUUCUUCUGUGAGGUAUUUGAUGUAUCGGGGAUUGACUUUAUGGGCCCCUUUCCUAUGUCAUUUGGAUUUCUUUACAUCCUACUUGCUGUUGAUUAUGUUUCAAAGUGGGUUGAGGCUAUCCCCACUAGGACUCUAAUGAUUCAAGAGUUGUUGCAGAUUUUGUCAGGUCCAACAUAUUUUGCAGGUUGUGAAUACCCCGCGCUAUCAUAA